AUGCCACACUCUUCCGACCUCGUCGCAGAGCCCGUACCCAUAUCACUGGUCGCGGGUCGCUAUUUGCUAUAUGAUAUUGAUGUGGUAACUUACCUUCGCAGGACACACAACAUCUGCGGCGUAUUGAUUGGUGGUAUUCCCCAAGCGCCACAGCAGAAUGUUUUCCAAGGCUUGCCAUUAGAGCUCCUGCCUGAGGAAGCAAAAUUGCUUGUAGACCAAAAUAUUGGAUACGUUGUGGAUGAUGCUGCUUGGCAUGAAAAUCACUACACGACACUGCACGGUAAAGAUAGGCAAAACUACUUGGAGUCUUUGAGGGCACAAGGUCUAAAGGCGAGCCAAGCCUUGAACGCCGUGGCGCGACAGAAACAAGAGAAAGCCCUUGCCAGGCAAGCAAUUGUAAGAGCUACAAAGUCUGCAGAUUCCGAGAGGGAAGAAAUUGGCGGCGCAUCUCCAUCCAAGGAUACAGAUAAGAUGACCCCGACAGAAGCUGAGAACCCCAGCUCUCGACCUAUCUCGCCUGCUCCAUCUGAUGUCUCCAAGUUCUCUUCGAGAGCGUGGGACGCCUCGAAGCCCUUGGCCAUGACACCUUCUACUUCCUAUAAUUCAUCGUCUCUGCCAAGGAAUCCUAAUCCACCACCCGUGCCCAUUGCUCCCGCAUCAUAUCCUCUUUUCGCUCAUUUACAUGCUCGCAAAUACUUCAUGAUGCCGGGUCUCAGGUUUGGUUGUAAUUACAACGUUUAUCCUGGAGACCCGUUGCGAUUUCAUAGCCAUUUUCUUGCUACAAGUUAUGGCUGGAAUGAAGAAAUUGCCAUGCUCGAUCUCGUAGGUGGCGGGCGAUUGGGGACUGGUGUUAAAAAAGGAUUUCUUAUUGGUGGGGAGGAUGUUGAAUCAGAAGGCGAAGGCGAUCUAGUCCGGACCUUCGUUCUUGAAUGGGCUGGUAUGUAG